CGAACACACGCACACACACUCAUACACACACACUCGCGCUCACGCACACACACGCAAACACACACACGCACACACACACACACACACACACACACACACACACACACACACACACACACACACACACACACACACACACACACACACAUGUAAAGGCUCCGCCGCGUCGUCACCGUUCCGCUCGAGGACCCCGCGAGACGCGGCCACCACGUCGCUUCAUUUCCCCGCGCAGCGGCUCGGAGUUUAAGCUGUGCGCUCGCGAGUCUCGAGUCAUGUUGGACCCGUCCUCGAGCGAGGACACGGGAGGGGAGUCGGACCGCGAAGUUGUGGAGUACCCACCGAAGACCUCCUCCACGACCUCCUCAUCCUCGUCCACCUCCACCUCCGCCGCUCCUCCACCACCUGCUGCUCUGCCCGGGCGGCGCGACGAGGAGAAGAAGGAGAAGAGAGAAGGAGAGGCGCGCGCUGAGGAGGAGGAGGAGCAGAGGAGGGAGCAGGAGAAGGAGAGGAGGACUCGGCUCCAGAUCUACGUUUUCGUCCUCCGCUGCAUCGCCUACCCGUUCAACGCCAAGCAGCCGACAGACAUGACCCGCCGGCAGCAGAAGAUGAACAAGCAGCAGCUCCAGACGGUGCGCGAGGCCUUCAGCUCCUUCCUCAGCGGAGACACGCAGAUCCUCGCCGACGAGGCAUUCUGCAACGCUGUGCGCAGCUACUACGAGGGCUUCCUGAAGAGCGAGCGCGUGUCCCGCAUGGUGCAGAGUGGCGGCUGCUCGGCUGCCGACUUCCGGGACGUCUUCAAGAAGAACAUCGAGCGCCGCGUCCGCAGCCUGCCGGAGAUCGACGGGCUGAGCAAGGAGACGGUGCUCAGCUCCUGGAUGGCCAAGUACGACACCGUCGCCCGUGGCGACGAGGACCCCCGCCGGCCGCCGGCCCGCCACCACAGCGCCGUGUCGGAGCUGAUCCUCAGCAAGGAGCAGCUCUACCAGAUGUUCCAGAGUGUACUGGGGGUCAGCAAGCAGCAACACCAGCUGCUCUACAACGCCUGCCAGCUGGAUAACGUGGACGAGCAGGCCGCUCAGAUCCGCAGAGAGCUGGACGGACGGCUGCAGAUGGCGGAGAAGCUGGCUCGGGAGCGGCGGAUCCCGCGGCUGGUGCUGGGGGCCACUGAGCUGCAGUACGUGGAGGAGCUGCGGGGGGCCGCCAACCUGCUGAUGUCCAACCUGGAGAGCCUCCCGGUCUCCAAGGGGGGGCCCGACCUCAAGACCAAGCUCAAGCGCUCGGCCAUCAAUGCCUCCUUCCUGGACCUCGGAGAGGAGGCGGGGGCGCUGUCCAAGUCCGAAGUGGUCCUGUCCUUCACACUGGAGGUGAUGGUGGUGGAGGUCCAGGGCUUGCGGUCUCUGGCUCCUAACCGUAUCGUCUACUGCACCAUGGAGGUGGAGGGCGGAGAGAAGCUCCAGACCGACCAGGCUGAGGCGUCCAGACCGCAGUGGGGCACCCAGGGAGACUUCUCCAGCACCCAGCCGCUGCCCUGCGUGAAGGUGAAGCUGUUCACCGAGAGCACCGGGGUGCUGGCGCUGGAGGACAAGGAGCUGGGCCGGGUGGUCCUGAACCCGACCCCCAACGGACCCAAGCAGCCAGAGCUCCACCGCAUGACGGUCUCCAAGAACAGUGCGGACUCGGACCUGAGGAUCAAGCUGGCCGUCCGCAUGGACAAACCGCCCAACAUGAAGCAUUGUGGCUAUCUGCACGCUCUGGGUCAGCGCGUGUGGAAACGCUGGAAGAGAAGAUAUUUUGUUCUUGUUCAGGUGAGCCAGUACACCUUCGCCAUGUGCAGCUACCGAGCGAAGAAGGCAGAGCCUCAGGAGUUGAUGCAGCUUGACGGCUACACCGUUGACUUCUGUGAACCGCAGUCAGGUCUGCAGGGCGGGGCCGUCUUCUUCAAUGCGGUGCGGGAGGGCGAGCUGGUGACCUUUGCCAGCGAUGACGAGCAGGACCGGGUGCUGUGGGUCCAGGCCCUGUACCGGGGCACCGGGCAGUCCUACAAGCCCGUGCCCCCCGCCCACAGCAGGAAGAACCACCCCAAUGGCCGAGGAGCCAAUCAGAAGCAGGCAUCACUCACCGGUGCGGACCCCGUCCCGCGGCAGCAGGGCGUGGAGGCGCUGGUGGCUGCAGACCCGUGUGAGUCGGACCACGCGGCGCUCUUCACCACACUGCAGAGACUCACCCUCCGCCACCGCAUGGACGACUCCUACUCCUGCCUGGGCUGGUUCAGCCCCGGCCAGGUGUUUGUGUUAGAUGAGUACUGCGCGCGCUACGGCGUGCGUGGCUGCCAGCGCCACCUCACCUACCUGACGGAGCUGAUGGAGUAUGCAGAGAGCAGCUCGCUGGUGGACCCCACCCUGCUGCACUACAGCUACGCCUUCUGCUCCUCCCACAUCCACGGCAACCGGCCAGAUGGGGUGUCCACAGUGACCCAGGAGGAGAAGCAGCAGUUUGAGGUCAUCAGGCUGCGCCUCAUGUCUCUGCUUCAGGACCAGAUCACACACUUCAGGUACUGCUUCCCCUUCGGACGGCCAGAUGGAGCGCUGAGAGCCACGCUGUCCCUCCAGGAGCGGGCUCUGAUGAAGGACAUCACCAUCCCCGUCCCUCCGGAGGAGAUGAGGGAGCUGGUCCGGGCGUGUCUGGAGAAAGCCGCUCACAUCAACUACUCUGAGCUGGUUCAGUACGCACAGAUCCAUGUGGAGGCGGAGGUCCCCAGGGAGAGGCGGCUGGAGGACCUGCUGCGCCUGGGGGAGCUCUGCAUCGAGGUGCUGCAGCAGAACGAGGAGCACCACGCCGAGGCGUUCUCCUGGUGGCCGGAUGUGAUGACAGAGCAUGCAGAGAGCUUCCUGUCGCUCUACAGAUCCAACAUGGACACCGUUCUCCAGCUACAACCCGUGGACUGCUGGGACUCAUUCCCCCUCUUCCAACUCCUCAACAACUACCUCUCCUCAGACCUUCACCUGUGUGGCGGGCCGUUCCACCUCCACCUGCAGCAGGUGUUCGUGCCGCUGGUGGUGCGCUACGUCGACCUGAUGGAGUCGUCCAUCGCCCAGAGCGUCCACCGUGGCUUCCAGCACGAGACCUGGGAGUCUGUCAGCAACGGCUCGGUGACCUCUGGCGACCUGUUCUGGAAGCUGGAGGCCCUCCAGAUGUUCAUCCAGGACCUCCACUGGCCCGAGCCCGAGUUCGCCGCACAUCUGGAGCAGAGGCUGAAGCUGAUGGCCAGCGACAUGACGGAGGCCUGCGUCCGGAGGACCAAGACGGCCUUCGACUCCCUCCUCCAGAGGAGCAGCCGGGGGCCGGAGCUCCGCGUCCCCUCCUCCCUGGUCACCAUGUUCAACGUGCUGCUGCAGGCGCGCACACACAGCCCCACCCUCUGCCUGCUGCAGGGGCCUGGACAGCCGGACAAACAAUGGCAGCAGUACCACACCAGGGUGGACGUCCUGAUAGACGAGGCGGUGGCGGACAUGGUUUCCUCGCUCGUUACCAAGCUCUGUGCAGUAUUGGAGGUGGUGCUCAGCAAGCUCUCAAGAUACGACGAGGGAACGCUCUUCUCCUCCAUUCUCUCCUUCACGACUAAAACUGCUGCCAAGUAUGUGGAGGUUCCCAAGCCCGGUCUGGACCUGGCUGACGGCUACAUCUCAUUCGUGCGUCAGAACCAGGACAUCCUGCGGGAGCGAAUCAGUGACGAGCUCUACACCCAGAAGGUGUUUGAUCUAUGGUACAGCAGCUCAGUGAAGGCGGCGUGUGUGUGGCUGACGGACAGGAUGGACCUCCAGCUCCACGUCUACCAGCUGAAGACCCUCAUCAGAAUCGUCAAGAAGACGUACCGGGACUUCCGGCUGCAGGGCGUGGGGGACGCGGCGCUGAGGACCCCCAGCUACGAGACGCUGCUGAGCCGCCUGACGGUGGAGGAGGCCACGCUGGCAGUCCGCUGCCCCGGGGGGCCGGACGCCCUGCAGGGGGUCUCCAUGAGGGACAGCGACCAGGAGGACGACUGACCGCCUCCUCACGCCACGCCUCCUCCUCAAGCCCCGCCCCCGCCUUCUCCUCCUGCCACGCCUCCUCCUCACGCCCCCUAUCCUCCUCCUCACCCCACUCCCCCGCCUCCUCAGCACCCAUUACCCAGCAGCUGCCCCCCUCCCCAGGGUUUGUGUGUGUGUGUGUGUGUGUGUGUGUGUGUGUGUGUGUGUGUGUGUGUGUGUGUGUGUGUGUGUGUGUGUGUGUGUGUGUGUGUGUGUGUGU